AGUUUUUCUGAAGACAUUUAUUUGACAUUCAGUCCUUCUGCUGUGUAGAAAACAUUGUAAAAUGUAAAAAUAAACAUCGCCCAAAUAUUUUAGAACUCAUAUUUAUAAUUACUAUCACAUUUUUAAAAUAAAAGUGCGUUUGGAGGAUCGUAUGGAAAUCCCUUCAAGGCGCAUCUGAAAAACAUGUGAACAGCUGAUUCAUCCAUUUUUAAAAAUUAUAGUGAAUUCCAAUGUGUUUAUGGUUAUUGAGUAAUUUUUUUUGAAAAUUAAUUGUGAAGAAAAGUGCAGUAAAAGUCUUUGUUUAUAGAAGUGUGGAAAAAGGUCAGUUUUCAAUAAGUAUUUUUAUAAAUGUAGUAAGUUUAAAUCUUAUUGGAAAGUAUUUUACCGAGCUCAAAUUGUUACGAGUUAGUGGCAUUGUAGUGAAAACGAAACGAGUUUCGAAAUCGAGCCUACUUACUUAUCCUCAAGAUUAGGUAUAAAGAAACACGAACCAUAGGGGAAAGCCAACAUGCCGUCGCUGCUAGAAGCUCUAGAGCGGAAAUAUGGUGCGAAGGGCGAAGUGAAUGCUCCAAUAGAUGACAUGCCCGUAGCAAUAUUUGUGCCCAAGCGCUCCCCUCGGCUGAGUGUACCCACGCUACUGGUGCUUAACGACUGCGAGAUCGACUGCGCCGGAGAUGCCCGUGCUCUCGCAGAUAAAUGUGCGGAUGUGGUCGAGCUCGAUCUAGCCAAUAACAAACUCACCGAGUGGGAUGAAGUUUUAGCAAUACUGGAGCAGACACCACGAGUUCGGUUUCUCAACUUGAGCUUCAACCGUCUGUCGGCUCAGAUCCAGGCGGCACUGACGUUACAGCCACGUUGGGACAGUCUGAGCCACCUCAUUCUGAACUCCACAUACGUCGGUUGGCCGAGCGUCCACGCGUUACUCAAAGCUCUACCAGCUCUGGAGGAGUUGCAUUUGAGCCUAAACGAGUACUCCUAUGUGGACUUCUCCGGACAAGAGGUUGAUAAGGAAGCUCAAUGUGAGGCGUGUUCACGACUCAACGUUGAUGUCACAGAGCCCGUUCAUGAGCAGCUAAAGAAACUCCACUUCUCCGGGAACCAUGUCAGCAGUUGGCGGGAGAUCUCAAAACUAGGUUACGCCUUCCCGAAUUUGGAAACCCUGUUGGUCAACGACUGCCCAAUAGCAACACUAGCGCCAGACCCGUGUGACAAAUGUAGUGAUGAUAAUGGAAAUAAGAAGAGCCACGAUGCCUUCCCACACCUCCGCUUCCUAAACCUCAACAACACGGGCUUAGCGACGUGGGACGAGGUGGAUCGACUGGCACAGUUUCCUGCUCUCAAGAGUUUGCGGGUACAGGGCUGGCCGUUAUGGGACCGUGUGGAGUCCACGGAGCACGAGAGACGGUUGUUACUGGUAGCUCGGCUGCCGCACGUGAGAACCCUGAACGGAGGUGGGGCUGUACCAAUUGAAGAGAGGGACGCGGCUGAGAGAGCAUUCAUUCGAUACUACAUGGAGAAACCUGAGUCUGACCGUCCUGAUAGAUAUUGGGAGUUGGUGGGCGUCCAUGGUAAACUGGAUCCUCUCGUGUCUGUGGACCUUAGGCCGGAGAAGCGCGUACAAAUCACCUUCACGUGUGGCGACCACAGCGAAGUACGCACCGUCGACGUUUACAGAACUGUAUCUGACCUGAAGACACGGCUAGAACGGAUGGCUGGCUUCCCCGCUUCUAAAAUGAGACUCUUCUACGUCGAUCAAGAACUACGAGAUUCUCAGCCUUUUCAGGGUCCCGAGGAGAUGAGGUACCCCACGAAGCAGCUGUACUCCUACAACAUCAGGUCAGGAGACGAAAUCAUCAUAGACAGCAAGUUGAAACACUCGAUUUCUGCCAACUCUACGGCGUGAGACGGCGGAACAAAACAAUGUCGGCUGCAUUUCUAUAACACUACCCUACUUAAAUAAAACACAUAUAAUUACCUCUUUGAGGAAUAAAGACUGAUAAAAGGCCAGUCUUUCCUUAAUCGUGUCAAUAAAUCUUAAAUUUUGUUAAGCGUAACACAUGGCAGUACAAUAUUUCAAACUAGAGGUGCAACUGACAUACGAACUUUUUGCCUAGAAAUGCCAUUUCAUAUAAUUUCGUUCUACUGUUCGUCUACUAACAUUUUGAUGUACGGAUGUGGAUUUUAGUUAUUUUUUUUUUUUGUAAGAAAUCGUUUCUGUUGUCUCCAAGUGGAUUAUUUUAGAAGUAAUAUCGCAAGUAUUAUAAUAAUAGGAAAUGUCAACGGUUGUCACAAAGCAUUUAGUUUUUAAGGAUUAUCGCAAGCUUUGAGCUUAAAAUGGAAUAUUUUUAUUUACAGAAUUAUAUUUUUAAUGAUACAAUUUAUCAUACAACUGAAAUUCUUAGGAAGACUCUGAAUCAUGGUUUAUAUUUUAUUACUAAAUUAUUGAGUAAAUUGUGCAUGAUUAUAUUAUCUAGAAAAUCUACAUUUUUUGUUUGCAAUAAGCAACUGUGAUAGUAAAUUUUAGAUUACAGAAUCUGAGAUUAAACUAUUUAUUACGAAACCUUAUUUUUGCAUAUUACUACUGUACGUAAUGGUUCUCAACUUACACAGCAUCUAUCUUUGAAAUAUUAUUAGGUGUUGUAAACGUGCUUAUUAACAUUAAGUGAUACUAACUGCCAUUUCGAAUUAUGAUGUAUACCUAUUGUGUCUUGUAGGUAUCCUAAGCAUUUUAUCUAAAAUGAAUAUUGUAUAAUAUUUUUAACCUUACGACUCUUAAUUCAAUUUAGAAAUAUUUUUAAUUCUGUAGCUGCCAAAUUUUAAACAAUAUAAUGCAUAAGUCAAUUCUAGCACUGGCCCUCAGUUUACAGAACCGUGAUAAUCUGUUUUGACGCAAAAUUACAAUGUAGUAACAUAUUUUUAUUUUUCUUUUUAUAGGACCUAGAAAAUAGUAUCAAAAUGAAAAAUAAAUUGAAUAAUUGUAUGAAAA